AUGAAUCAUCAACAACAAGAAGCUUUUAAGUUCUCACAAGAGUAUGAACGAAGCUUAAAUCGUUCUAGGUCAUCAUCUACAGUUGCUCCCUCAACAACAACCAUUUCUCCGUCAUCCUCAACUGUGCGUGUUCCCUCAUCAACUGUUCAUCCAAGUUCUUUAACUAUGCCAGUUAUUGAUGAAAAUCAUCUCACCCAAAAACCCAAUCAAAUCAAUUUCAACAUUCCAAUUCACAAGCUAACUGUUCUCUGGGAAAAUAUGGUAGAUUUUGAAAAUCUUGCUGCUAUUGGUCAUGAUCUCAGACCCACUAUACACACUCAAGGUUGGAAACAUUUCUUUGAAAGACUGUACGGUCCCGUGUUUGAGAAUCUGGUAAAGGACUUCUGGAUUCAAGCAGAUUGUGACAACCUGCAUGUUGUCUCUUAUGUUCUUGGUCAGAAGAUUGUUAUUACUAAGAAAUCAAUUGCAGGCCUUCUGGGUAUGGAACACCUAGUCAGGAAAAGAGUCUACGGAAUGGAUAAGAAAUCUCUGUUUGUAAGAAGGACUCUGAGCAGAACCAUUUACAAGACCUACUCUCCAGAAAAGGAGGAAUACAAGUUUAUGGAUCUGUUCGACGAUCUCAGAAUUUGGCUUAAAAUCAUUCUAGGCUGCAUCAAUCCACGACCAUCUACAAGUUCAUCAGAUUACUUCAAUGUUGAUCAAAAAGUCAUAAUGUUCUAUAUAAUGAUAAAUCAGAAGCUUUUUCUUCCCUACAUUCUAUUUAACUAUCUGAGAAACUCAAUCACAAAGAUAAGGAAGUAUAUCAAUUCAACAAAGAAAAUGCCAACAUACAUUCCAUUUGGGCGACUCCUGUUUGAUAUAUUUGUUGAAAGUAGUUUGAUUGAUUAUCUGACCAAAGAAGUUAAGUUCACAGAAGAUUUAGAAUCAAACAUUGGGGAAUCCUUCAAUGCUAAAACUCUAAAAUCCAUGAGAAUGAUGAAGGAAAUUGGAACAACACCUUUCAUGGUUCCUGACGUCAACACAAUUGAAAGAAUAUAUCUUGUUGAACAUUUUCUACUGUUCACCACAGGCGAAAAUCCAAUAUGUGUAGCCCAGCAUGUCAUAAUGGUGGCAGCAGAAGGAAAUGAUCUCUCUUGCUUCAGAUAUGAAGACAUGGCUGAAGCUGACAUUCCUUACAAGGGUGAAAUAUCUCUCAAUAAUGAAAUACCUACGUCAUCCAAUGCCUUAAACCUUCUCAAAUUCGCCUUUUUCAAUAAAGAAAGCAGUUCUGGUCAUAAACCUCCUUUUGAAGAAGAAAUACCUCAAAAGACCAACUUUGAAACAUUGGAAACUCUUGUAUCUGAACCACUCACAACUCCUGAAUCAGUUGGUCUUUCAAAACAAAAUUCCACAACACAAAAAGUACCUGAAUCUCUACAACCUUCUGAGCCUUCAUCAAACUCAUCUCUCAUAAUAUAUGAGAAACCUCUUCCCAAAACCUUGGAUGAAUGUGUUAAUCUUUUCAGAAACAAGGUUAUGAAAAUGUAUUCAAGUCUAAGAGCAAAAGCUGUCACAAGCACUAAUCCUCAAGACUUGGAUAAUUUUUGGGUAAUGUUUAAGAAAUGGAUGUCAUCGGAAUUUGAAAGGUUAAUAGACUUCUCUCAAAUGACCAGAAUUGUUGAUGUUCACUUGGUCACUAAAAGAAAAGAAGCAGAAGAAUGGGUUAGAGCCUUUGAACUUCUUGCAGCAAAACAGAGAGCAUCUAAAGAUAUAAAAGCUGGAGAAGCCACACUUAAGGCUCUUCAAGAUGCUGAAGAGGAUAUGCUUCGAAAAGCUAACAAAGAAGAAGCCACAAAGGCUAAGUAA